CUCUUGAGUUCAAAGCAUCUGCGCCACUAUGUUCUCUCUCCGCACCUCAUUUGUCUUGCUUGCUGCGCUCCUUACAAUCACCGGUGCCGCACCCACGCUGGAGAAUCCAUUGAAUGAUCUGGCAGCCAGGCAGGUCUGCUAUGAUUCAUCCUCGUCUGUCGCGUUCCUCCGUGCAUAUAACGUGAAACAAACCGACCACUACUACACGACCAGCGUGUCAGCGAUGGACAAGGCGGUCAGUAAGGACGGUUAUAAAUCGCAAGGCGAUGCCGGUCACGUCUUCACCUCCGAGGUCGUGAACACGUCCCCUCUGUACCAGCUCUACACCGCGAAGACGACCGACAACUUCUACACCACGUCGGAGGAGCAGGCAGAGAAGGUCGUGAGCAACGGUGGAGGGUGGAAGAGGCAGGGCAUCGCGGCGUAUGUGUAUGAGGAUCAGAUCUGCGGAAGCAUUCCGCUGUACCAAGUGUACAACCCGAAGAUCACUGAUCACUUCUACACAACGGACGAGACUGAGCGAAACCACGCUAUCGAUGAUGAUGGAUAUGUCGACCAGGGGAUCGCAUGCUACGUGCUGCCGGACGAUGACUGAACGACAGGUAGCACAGCAUUCUCAGUUUGGUUGUACUGACUUACUCUGCCUAUCAGCAUGUCUUGGUGUCCUUUGGUUACUCCCGAAAUUGGAAGUGUAUCCAGUGUCCCUUAUUUGCUGCUCUUGCGAGGAUUACCGAGUCAUAUUGUCUGUGUGUCAC